AUGGAAUAUUCUUAUCUUAUGAGCUCUGGCUUUACUGAUAACACUCCUCAAGGCGGGAAGAGACUAAGGAGAUGGCAAAAGAAGGCAGUUGUGGCGGCGGCGGCCGAGGCAAAGAAGAGGAAGUUAAGUGAUGAGCAAGUUAAGUUAUUGGAGUUCAGUUUUAUGAGGGAAAGGAAGCUGGAGUGUAGGAGAAAGGAGUCACUGGCAGUUGAGCUUGGGCUUGAUCCGAAACAGGUUGCAGUGUGGUUUCAAAACCGGCGAGCAAGGUGGAAAAGCAGGAAAAUGGAAGAGGAGUAUCUGAGGCUCAAGUCUGAGAAUGAGGAGGCUGUUGUUGAAAAAUGCCAGCUUGAGAAAGAGGUGCUGAAGCUGAAGGAGAGGCUGUCAAAGACUGAAGAGGAAAUAAGCAGGCUAUCCAUUGGGAUAAGUGGAGAUCAAAAGGAUGUUAGAGCAUUGGAGAGUUCAAGCUCUUCCCUGUCAACGGUCAACCAUGAAGUAGUAGCUGAAGACAUUAAUGCAGUAGACUGGCAAGAAUACUUUAUUGAUUUUAUGUACAGUAACUAUUGGAUUGGAUGGGGAGAUGAUUUCCAUGGAAUGUGA